AUGUCAAGGCCGCAACCAACUAUUAAAACAGAUUGUAAGGCAAAGAUCAAUGCUCACUUGGUGAAGGGUACUUGGGUGGUGACCACUAUAGAAAAUGAUCAUAAUUAUAGUACGGUCAGCCCACAAAAGUCUAGAUUCUUUAGGUCGCACAAGUAUUUAGACGAAUACAGUCAGAGGAUGCUUGACUUGAACGACAGAGCAGGCAUUCGAAUGAAUAAGAAUUUUGGGGCUCUUGUUGUUGAUGCUGGUGGAUUCAAGAAUCUUGAUUUUCAAGAAAAAGACUGUCGAAAUUUUAUUGACAAAACCAGACAAUUAAGAUUGGGUAAAGGGGGUGGCGAAGCACUUACUGAGUACUUCAAGAGGAUGAGGUUGCAGAAUAAUGGUUUUGUCUAUGUGAUUGAUGUGGAUGAGGAGUUGAGACUGAGGAAUGUGUUCUGGGCUGACGCACGUAGUAGAGCAGCGUAUGAGUAUUUCGGAGAUGUUAUCACCUUCGAUACGACAUACCUAACAAAUAGGUAUGGUAUGCCGUUUGCUCCUUUUGUUGGUGUAAAUCAUCAUGGGCAGUCUAUAUUGUUAGGGGCUGGGUUGAUUUCAAGCGAGGAUACGAGUACUUUUGUGUGGUUGUUUCGAGCAUGGCUGGAGUGCAUGGAUGGUCGGGCUCCAAAAGCGAUUAUAACAGAUCAAGAUCGAGCAAUGAAGGCUGCUAUUGCAUUGGUAUUCCCAGACACUCGCCAUAGAUAUUGUCUAUGGCAUAUAAUGCGAAAACUACCAGAGAAAUUGGGAUCUCACGCUGCUUUCAACACAGAGUUGAAGACCUCUAUCCAGAGUGCCCUAUAUGAUUCACAGACAUGCGAAGAGUUUGAGCAUAAGUGGGGGCAACUUAUUCAGAAGUAUGAUCUUGGUGAUAAUCCAUGGCUGCAAGGGUUGUACAAUGAGAGGGCAUUCUGGGUACCGGUGUACCUUAAGGGAAUAUUUUGGGCUGGCUCAGCACAACACAGAGGUCUAAAAGCAUGA